GAUACAUUACCUACAAGUUCUAGUAGCAACGCACCUUGCACCAUUAUAUUGACUAGACAACAAGUCCAGCCAAACCAGUACAUUAUCAAAAACCAAAAUUUCAAACAAAUUUAACCACGUAAUUAGUAACUUAACAACGAUGUUGCCCCAUUUUUACCCUAUAAAUACCCUUCAAAUUACUCCCUAAUAAACAUCAUCACUUGUCCAAUUUACUACUCACCAAAAAAAAGAAAAAUGAGAGCUUCAAUUUUUAUUCUCUUUGCCCUUUUCUACUUCACUUAUAAUGCCAAUGCAGCCACUAUUGUAGUUCGUAACAAUUGUCCCUAUACUGUUUGGGCUGCCGGUGUCCCGGCCGGAGGCGGCAAACGUCUAGACCGUGGCCAGACGUGGACCAUCAACCCCCCUGCAGGGACGAAACAAGCUCGAAUUUGGGGCCGAACCGGAUGCAAUUUCGAUGCAUCCGGUAAGGGAAAAUGUCAAACAGGAGACUGUAACGGUCUCCUAGAAUGCAAAGCAUUUGGGGUACCCCCAAAUACAUUAGCUGAAUAUGCCCUAAACCAAUUCUCGAACAAAGACUUUUUUGAUAUUUCUCUAGUCGAUGGAUUCAACGUUCCUAUGGAAUUUAGUCCAACUUCCAAUGGGUGCACCCGUGGCAUAACAUGCAAAGGUGAUCAAAUUAAUCAACAGUGUCCUAGUCAAUUGAAGGCUCCUGGAGGAUGUAACAAUCCUUGUACUGUCUUCAAGACUGAUCAAUAUUGUUGCAACUCAGGCAGCUGCGGCGCCACGAAUUUUUCGAGGCAUUUUAAGGAGAGGUGUCCUGAUGCAUACAGUUACCCUAAGGAUGAUCAGACAAGUACUUUCACUUGUCCUGCUGGUACUAAUUAUAAGGUUGUGUUCUGUCCUUGAAAUUUGAAUGGAUUGUAUUCAACUUUUGUAUUAAUUUGAAUAAGGCUACGUUGUCCUCUUAGCUAGGAGGACUAGUUAUUGUAUGGCCAAGUAAUAAUAUUGUGUUGUUACUCAUCAUGUAGUGAUGUAAGUUACUGUAUUAUAGUUAUUUUGUGACAAAUUAAAGUAAAAUAAAGAACGUAUUUAUGAUGGUA